AUGGCCCCAACAUGGACGGUAGUUGGCGGUGCUGAGAAAGGAGGCAUCUUAGUUCGUCGCGGCCAGGAGCUGACAUCGCAAGCGGUGACAGACCGCCUAUCUACUGGUGCCGAGGUUGAAGAGCUGCACAUCUGUGGCGAGCGCCUUCAUUUCCGUCGAAUCACCGGCUCUGGCCCUGAGGAGGGUUGGGUGAGCGUGCGCACCAGUGGCAAGCAAUUGCUACAGCGGAAGGAUGAUGCAGACACUGAGCCAACCGGCAACAAAAUGGCCUUGACCCUUCCAAUCCAGCACCGUGAAGUAGUUGGACCAAGCUCGGGAUACCGCCACCGCUGGGCGGUCAACAUUGAUGCCUGGCACCCCGAAGGCGGAGCCGAUGGCAAAGAGUUCCAAUUCUUGCUGCACCUGAUCAAGGAAGAGACGGAUAGAAAAAACGUCAUGCGUUUCAAAUUCUUAGAGGACCAGAAGCGUGCUCUCAUCUCUCGGCUUCUGGUGCGUCAGGCGAGCGCUUCGUCCCUGAACAAGACUAAUUUUGAGGACAUCGAGAUCAAGCGGACAAAGGGGAAGAAGCCGUUUCUGGCUCAGCCGCUUCCUCCAGAGGACGAGGCUCCCAACUGGAAUGUGAAUUGUUCUCAUGAAGGCAAGUGGGUUGUAUGUGCAAGCGAGCCACAUGUCAUUGCUGGAAUCGACGUGGCCGAGUUGCGCCGAAAGCGACGAGACGGUGAACCAAUUGAUUUCCACGACGUGUUCAAGGACAAUCUCACGUGGAAAGAAUGGCAGUACGUAAAAGAGCACGGUCCUUGCCUUGACCGAGAGUACGAGGUGUUCUCGCGCUUCUGGUCGGCAAAGGAGGCCUUCGUGAAAGCCAGGGGCGAUGGUCUUGCAUAUCCCCUGGGCAAGGCGGAGUUCCAUUGGAAGCCAAUCGAGGGCUACGACUUUGGGACGGCAUUCGAGGGCGAUGUUCACAUAGAAGGCACGCACAGCCCAAGGUGGCGAUUUGUGCAGUACAGGAUGCCUGGGGACUCCCCUCACUGGACAACGGUUGGUAGAGGACCGUUGACAGACAUCGUCGAUGCGCACGGAGAGUUCACCAAGACCUUGCGCAAGCCGCAGGAACUUUUCUCUGAGCGUGAGUGGCAGGCACAUCUGGAGUCCCACAGCCCACAUUUUGAUGUCCUCCCUGUUGGUGCUCUAGUGCCACAGGACAACAUGGAUGCCUAUGUUGAAGCUGGCGGCCUUAAAUUUCCGUGA